AUGGGAGUUUGCACUUCUCAAAAUGAAGCUGAGAAAAUAGAGAAUUCAGAGCAAGAUUAUUAAAAACUUGAUUUUAAUAGGGUUUCAACUUAUUAGAAACUGGAAAAUAUUGCAAACAAUAUAGCCGCUUGUAAGUAAAACCUAAUAAUAAUUUAGAAUAGCAGAUUGACACGAUAUUUUCAUCUUUAAUUUAAAGAAUGAUUGCUUCUCGAUAAUCUCAUAUUUUAGAUAUGUUGGAGAAGAUGGAUAGUAAAAAAAAACAAUAGUUCAUGACAAAAUUAGAACGCAUAGAUUUUGAAUUCAUAGACUCUGUAAAGAAAAUUAAUAACGUUAUAUAGCUAUUUCAUCAUUGUUAUAAACAAGAUUACCCAGAUGUGUUUUCAUGCAAUGUUGUACAGAGUAUCAAUAGUCAAGAGUAGAAUCUUGAUUUGAUAAAGGUAUAGAAUGAUGAAUUACUUUUAAGAAACAUAAGGUGGGCAUAGUAUUUUUAUGCGGAGGUCGUAGUUCUCGAUUGUAUGAUAAACUGCUAAGUGAUAUAGGACUUCCUUCUAAGAAGUGUGUGGUUUAAAUAAUGAUGGAGAGACUGAAAAAGGUGAUUAUGAUAGGUAAUUUAAAAUGAUUUAAAUGGUUAAGCCUCUGACAAUCAGGAGAUUGUUGAUUAUCCUAUUGCGAUAGUGCUUUCGGAUUAAAAUAGUGAGAAAUUCUAAAUGUAUCUCAAAGGCAAAAGGGAUUUUGGAUUUUAGUCCAUCACUUUUAUAUUUGAGAAAUCUCUUCCUGUGAUUGAUAUGAAAGGAUAGGUAGUUUUUGAGUAAGAGAAUCAAGCAGUAAUGACACCUGAGGGGACGGGUACAAUAUUUUUAUAACUCAAUUCAUUCAUAAAGUAAAAGGGUUUUAGAUAAUUUCAGUAAAUUUCCAAACAUGGAGUAUAUUCAUUUUUUGGGUUUGGACAAUCUAGCUGGAUUGCCAUUAGACCCCUAAAUGUUGAAUCUCAUUUGUAAAUAGAAGGGUGAUGCAUUAUGUAAAGUGAUUGAAACUAAUUCAAUUUUGGAUGAUAGAAUAUUUUAUUUUGCCAAGUAAUUUCAGACUAUAAAAGAUUAAGCCAAGGGAAUACAAGAGAAUUCAUAAAACUUGGGUCAAAUGUGUUUGAAUGAUUUAUAUUUAUCUGUUUCUUUUCUCAAUACAUUGAAAUAGAAUCACGAGAAAGCACUGAAACUUAAUCAAAGAUAUCAUACAAUAAGAAGAGGAAAUAAUAUCUAAUUUGAAAAGCACAUUCAAGAUAUAAUUGAAGUGACUGACAUAACAAUCCUACAUUAAACAGACGAUUUUGCAUUACUCAUAGAUGAUGCAAGAAAGGCUGUAAUAUAGUUGUCUAAUGUACAUAAGAGGAACUUGAAAUUGGAAGGAACCUAAGAGAAAGAUUUGGUUGAAAUCACUCCUCAAAUGAGUUAUUGCAGAAGGGAAGAUCUGAAGAAGAUUGAAAAUGCCACAUAUCCAUUGAUCAUAUGAGGAGUGGAUGUGAGUGUUAG